UCACAGUAGUCUGUAUGCGUCACACGGCGUCUCUCUGCGGCCAUGGUAACACUUUCCUCAACACUGGACCUCUGAUUUAAAAAAAAAAACCCGACACAAACAAGUGCUUUUCAUGCAGCUGUUAUUCGCCAUGAAUUUGGCAGAGAUAUGCGACAACGCCAAGAAGGGUCGUGAGUAUGCUUUGCUGGGGAACUAUGACUCCUCCGUUGUGUACUACCAAGGCGUCAUCCAGCAGAUCCACAAGCACUGUCAGUCCCUCAGAGACCCUGCACUCAAAGUCAAAUGGCAACAGGUCAGACAGGAACUGACCGAGGAGUAUGAGCAGGUGAAAGGCAUCGUGGGAACGCUCGAGAGCUUUAAGUCCGAGAAGCCAGCUGACGUUCUCGCCCCUCAGUACGAGGAGAAGCCUGAGGAUCCAGCAGUGUGGCCCCCUCCCAUCCCUGCAGAACACAGGAAUCUGAUUGCAGUGAAACGCCCCAUCAGUGCGGCGAAGCAGCAGAGGAAGGACUCGCCUGGUCUGCAGCAUCGAGGGGCGGGGCCAGGAGGCCGCGGUCAGGCCAACCAGAAACCAGACCGGCAGGGUCCCAGAGACGCCAGAGGCACGAAGGCCAAAGACGAGAAGGGGAAGAAAGGGGUAGGAGAUCCAUCAGGGGAUGUAGAGCAUAAGAAGUUUGAUGGCACGGGAUACGACAAUGACCUGGUGGACUCACUGGAGAGAGACAUUGUUUCCCGCAACCCCAACGUACACUGGGACGACAUCGCUGACCUGGAAGACGCUAAGAAGCUGCUGAGAGAAGCGGUGGUGUUGCCCAUGUGGAUGCCCGACUUCUUUAAGGGCAUCCGUCGCCCCUGGAAGGGCGUGUUAAUGGUGGGCCCUCCCGGGACGGGAAAGACCAUGUUAGCCAAAGCUGUGGCCACAGAAUGUGGGACUACUUUCUUCAACGUGUCCUCCUCCACCCUCACCUCCAAAUACCGGGGGGAGUCGGAGAAACUUGUUCGUCUGCUGUUUGAAAUGGCCCGCUUUUAUGCACCAACAACCAUCUUCAUAGACGAGAUAGACUCCAUCUGUGGCAGGAGAGGAACGUCUGAUGAACAUGAAGCCAGCCGCAGGGUCAAAUCAGAGCUCCUGGUUCAGAUGGAUGGCGUGGGGGGAGCUCUGGAUAAUGACGACCCCUCUAAGAUGGUGAUGGUCCUCGCCGCCACAAAUUUCCCCUGGGACAUCGACGAGGCAUUACGGCGGCGGCUGGAGAAGAGGAUCUACAUCGCCCUGCCCACAGCUGAGGGUCGUGUGGAGCUUCUAAAGAUCAACCUGAGGGAGGUGGAUGUGGCUGCUGACGUGGACCUGGACUUCAUCGCUGAUAAGAUUGAGGGCUACUCCGGAGCAGACAUCACCAACGUCUGCAGGGAUGCGUCCAUGAUGGCGAUGCGUCGGAGGAUCCAAGGCCUGAGUCCCGAGGAGAUCCGAGCUCUGUCCAAAGACGAGCUGCAGAUGCCCGUGACCAUGGAGGACUUCACCCUCACACUCAAGAAGAUCUCAAAGUCCGUGUCCGCCGCCGACCUGGAAAAGUACGAAGCCUGGAUGGCUGAGUUCGGGUCAGUGUAGAGAACGGUACCGUUCACACACAGAGGGACCAGAAUUUCACAAGGAGGAUUUUAAAAAUUAUGAAAGCCUUUAAGGGGAGGGACUGUGGAGUGUCACAGAGAGGAGGGAACUCAAGUGUGUGAAUCGGGCAGCACAUCAGGGAUGAAGAUCAUACUCAGAAGGCGGUUGCCUUUAAGGGAGCGUGAUGAGAACUUUCAGUGGCUGCACUCCGGCCCCUUCACAUUCCCUCCACUCGUUGUUGCUUCCACACAACUGUCCGUGUAGACACUAACAAUCGUCCAGCUGCUGACUGACGUAAGUGACCCGAGGAAGAAAAGGGGAUCUUUUAAUGUUAAAAGUAGCCUAAUACAAACACAGGUAGACCAGUGAACGUUUUACUUAUAUGUCAGGCCUCGUGCAAGAACAUUUUCGUAUUCCUAUCCUAAACCCAAAUUGUGCUUGCCAGUUUCAACCCGAUGAGGGCCAACUGUUUACAAGUAGGUGAGUGCUGGUGAGAUUUGAUCAUUUGGAUAAUCAACAUCCUCAACGUGUUACGUAAGAGUAAAAAAAAAAGCUUCACAUCCUGCUGUCAGAAAUCAGCAGUAGAAGUUGUUGUUGUUGUAAUAACUAGAAAGUCUUAUAUACAACAAAAACAACAGAGAAUCUUCACCGGGAAAUGGUCCAUCAUUAAAACCCUGAGGCAGAUGUCGGCAUGAGAGAAAGUUCUAAAUACUAAAUUAUCGAUUAAAAACCUACAAAAGUGGCAACCUGUGAUGACGGUGAUACUCAUUCAGACUGAGGCUUUUUGAUUCAGACUGGUUCUUGUACUAGCCGCUAAAGAACCAGUCUGUUGGUACUGGUGAUUCUUGCACGAGGCCGUUUGUCUUAAAGAGUUGUAUGUUUGAGCACUUUUAAUGUAUUUCCUUCAGGAGCCUAUGUACUUACUACUGACUGAACACACUUGAAGAACCACCAUGUUUUGUGUUAUAUAGUGUCUGGUUAUGUGUUUAUGUUUUUUCUUUGUUGGUUUUAAUAUUUGUUUUUUAGUUCUGUUAAGACAAAGCAAUGUAGCCAAGCUAAAAAACAUGGCCGCUGAACCCACGGAAUGUUUA